AUGAAGGCAUACUUGAAAGCAUAUGACAUGUGGGAUGCUAUAGAGAAGGAUGAUGAUGUUGAUAUUCUUCCAGAGCAUCCAACAACUGCACAGAAGAAGAGUCAUGUUGAAGCUACAACCAAGAAGUACAAGGCUCUCACUGCAAUUCAUUCAGCAGUGAGUGAAGAGAUGUUUACAAGACUUAUGACUUGUGAUACAGCCAAACAAGCAUGGCUCAAACUCAAGGAGGAGUAUGAGGGUGACUUGAAGGCCAGAAGAGUUCAAGUUCUCAACUUGAGAAGAGAGUUUGAAAUAUUGCGGAUGAAGGAUGGAGAAACUGUCAGGGAGUUUGCUGACAAAGUAAUGAAUGUCGUGAACCGGGUUUGUCUACUUGGAGAGGAACUCACAGACCAAAGAGUAGUGGAGAAGGUACUAGUUAGCUUGCCUGAGAGGUUUGAGCAUAAAAUUGCAUCCUUAGAAGAUUCCAAAGACCUUACAGUGAUGAGCGUUGGUGAAUUGGUGAGUUCUCUUCAAGCUGUGGAGCAAAGACAAAAACAUGAGAAAAAGAUGAGAAAGAGUUCGAGAGGAAAGCAAGGUAAGACAGAGAUUGGUGGUCACGAGAAGACUAAGUUUCGGAAGAAAACAUUCAAAAAAAGGCGCUUGGGAAGUUUACUGAGGACUACAAAGAAGCUAAAUGUGCAAGAUGGGAGUCAAAGCAAUACCUAUGUGAAGAAGAAAUGUAAGCAAUUUGGUCAUAUUGAGAAGGUGUGCAAGUCUGAUCAACAACAACCAAAAGCUCGGUGGGUCGAAGAAGUGGAACGUGAUGAAGAGAUGAUGUUUAUGGCCUUUGAGAAGGAAAAUUCGGAAGUGAAUGCAAGAGAAGUCCCGGUUGUCGGAUAG